UUCGAAUUUUAGUGACGUCAUGUGAAAACCAGCUAUUGCAGAUCAAUUAGGCCAACCUGGUUCCAGGAGUCCCAUCCAAUCCUGAAAGUUUCCUUACUCUCAAGGUCGCGAAGGACUAAGUAACACUCCUGAGCCAGCGAUAAAGGCAGUCCGUUGCCAUUGAAACAAAACAAACAUGGCGUCCGUGGUAAGAGCAAAAGUUGUCUGAAUGUACCGCGAGAACACAUCAAUUUGGAGGGUUGAUUUUCGUCUUGAAAGCACGUGACUACAACAAAUGUCAAGUAACACACCAGCUAAACUAUCAGAAGGAAAUGAAGAUGACCAUGAAGGGAAAGAAGGAGAUCUGGUGACUCCUCAAAGAGCUCUUGUAAAGUUCGUCGAGCAUCCUUCGGAGUCAGACGAAAACAGCGGAGAUGAACCUUCACAUCUUAGUCGCGAAGUCACCAAAGAAAUACGAAGGAGAAGAAAGACUAUUGUUAAUUCUUUUCGACUCGCAGAGCUGGUUCCGACUACGAACACACCACACUCAAACUACCGGCGAAAAUCGGUUGUUGUUCUGACGACAGAAACUGUGAUAGAUGCAAAAGCUGAACAACACUUUAAUGAAGGUGUUACACUAUCAGAUUGGGAGGACCAUAACCAGGCUAUAACAUCAUUUAACAAAGCUAUUUCUCUAAAACCAGAAGUGGUCAAAAACUACAUUGCAAGAGGUGAAAGUUACUUGCAAAUAUGUGACUUUCAGUCUGCGAUUUUAAACUUCAAGAAAGCCUGUAUACUGGAUCCAGACAAUGAUCAAACAUAUUCCAGAUUAGCAUUUCUGUACUUUCUUCAAGGACAAUGUUUAUUUGAUGAAAAACUUUACAGUGAAGCAUUGGAAUCCUUUUCAAGAGCAGCAGAAAUGAAACCUGAAAUGAUUGGUUAUCACACAAGAAGCGUGGCUUGCUUGGCUGCCCUUCAGAGACAUGGAGAAUGUUUAGCACUUGUAAAUAAAAGACUAGAAGAAGAAACUGAGAACCCAGACCUGUUUAUCAUGAGAGCAAGACUACAUGAACUCUUCCGUAAUUCAACUCUCUGUUACUAUGAUGCUAAAGAUGCACUCGCUCUUGCCCCUGAGAAUGCAGAAGCUAAAACUUUGAUGGCUUCACUUGAGAAAAAAGCAAAGGACAGCAGACAACAGGCCAUACAGUUACAUCUAAUGGGCAAAAUCAAAGAAGCUCUCUCUAAAAUAUCCACUGCCAUAGAAACCAAUCCAUCAGUGGCAGAUUUUCAUGUCUUUCGGUAAGUAUGGCUCAAACACUGUCUUAUGAAUCAAUAUCACUGGAAAGAAGACUGUCUUGCAUUUACUUUGUAUAUAUUCAUUAGCUACAUGUCUGCACAUUAAAACUUGCAGAAAUUAC